AUGUGGCCCAGCGGGCACCAGCCAGAGCGGCACGAGGCCUGGCCUCAGCGGCGAGAGAGCUCCGGCCGGAGGGCCCUGCUGCCGUGCUGGAAGACCGCCGUGCUGGCCGACCACGGCCAGGGCUGGCCGGGCGCUUGCCUCGACCUCUUCCAGGCGAGGGAGGUGAGCGACGAGCAGACCUGCGAGGCGCUCUGCCUCGCCGAGCCCAGGUGUCCCGUCUGGCAGUUCGUCAACCAGACCUCCCCAGGCCAGUGCUGGGUGGGCAACGGCAAGAGCUGCGCCGGCCGCGGCGGUAGCCUCAGUACUAUCUCCGUCCAGGGAGCACAGCGCAUCCAGCACGGGGAUGUGAGGGUGCUGCGGAACAUGUCGGGCUGGAAGGUCCAUGGUUUGCUUCAGCUUGGAGAUCUCAGCGCGCAUGGCGGUGUGAGCAGCGUGGAGCGGUGCCGGCGGUGGUGCUACUCCGACAUUCACUGCCAGUAUUGGCAGUAUGGGCCUGGCGGCUGCUGGGUAGAUUCCCCGCUCUUCAGCACGCAGCACGGGAUGCGCAACGACAACGUAGUGCAGUACCCUCUCACAACGGACGGCGGUGCCACGAACAGAGGCUACGAGGCGGAGCACAUGAGGUGGGGCGAAUACAUCCAGCACUAUUGCCCUCCACAGCCUGGGGGGGCUUCCGUCCUCGCCGAUCUGGCGCGCGAGAGGCCCGAGAUGGGCGCUGGCACGCGGCGGCACGCGGCAGGAGGGUCGCUGGCGGUCCAGCUGCUGGGCGGCGGGUGGGCCUGGGCACCGCCGGCCCUCGCCUGCCUCUGCCUCGCGGGGUGCGCCUGCGGCCUGCUGUGGGUCGCGGCCCGCGCGCACCACGCGCGCGCGGACCGCCUGCGGGCGCAGCAGGCACCGCUCCCCUCGAUGCGGGAGCUGGCCCCCGUGCCCGUGCCCGCUGGGGACGAGGCGUGGCAGGAGAGGGCCUGGCCGCCCCCGCGGCGCGCCCUCGAGGCCCUCGACGGCGCGGGCGCCGCGGCCCGCGCGCCGGACCACGGCGGCCGCGCCCCGCGAGAGGGCCCGGCGACGCUGCCGCGGCAGCCGCGCCGCGGCCGCCGAGGCGCUUGCGGCGCGGCCCGCCGCCGGCGCCGGCGGCGAGGCGGCGCGGGGCAGCCGCUUGGUGUGCGGGCGGCGCCGCCGUGCCUCGCGCCGCCGGGCCGGCUUCGGGCCGCCGCCGGGGCCGGGCCUCGGGCCGCUGCCGGGGCCACCGCGGGGCCUCGUGGGGGCGCCGCCCGCGCCGGGCCCGCCGGGCCAGGCGGCGCAGGGGCUGCGGCCGCCGGCGCUGCUCCGGGCCUCGCUGCCGCCGAUGGGCCCCGUGGGUCCCGUGGCCGCCUCAUUCCCGCCGGUCGGGCCCGUGGGCCCUGUGACCGCCCGUGGUGCGCGCGCGAUGUACGCUUGAGCGCCUUGGAGGCCUUCGCGGUGGUGGUCGUCGUCGUCGCCGUGGUCGUCGUUGUCGUCGUCGUCGUCCUCCUCCUCCUCUUCCUUGUCUUUUUUUAUCGUGGUAUCGCGCAGGUUAUCCUGGCGUUUACCCGAUUGCCUGGCCCCCCAGGCUGGCGCAAGCCUCCUCUUCUUCGCGCUCGGUCUGUGAACUCGCACACCGCGCGCGACCUCAUGCAUGCGUAG